AUGGGCAGCCUGGUGUCUGGUAGGCGCCAAGAACCAGAUCAGCCGCCCAGACCAGAGCCCCAGGAACUAGGUCCCCUCAAUGGGGACACAGCCGUAACUGUCCAGCUCUGUGUGUCUGAGGAGGCCGAGCAGCACCAGAAGAACAUAGCCAGCAUUCUCCAGCAACAUGAAGAGGAGAAGAAGAAAUGGUCGCAACAGGUGGAGAAGGAGAGGGAGCUAGAGCUUCAAGAGAGACUGGAAGAGCAACGAAGGGUUCUGGAAGGAAAACACGAGGAGGCCCUGCAAGUCCUCCGGGCCUCAUAUGAACAGGAGAAAGAAGCCCUUACCCACUCCUUCCAGGAGGCCAAAGCUGCCCUGCAGGAGACCAUAACCAGACUGACCUCACAGCUGGAGGCCUUCCAGGCCAAGAUGAAGAGGGUGGAGGAGUCCAUUCUGAGCCGAGACUACAAGAAGCACAUCCAGGAUUAUGGGAGUCCCAGCCAGUUCUGGGAGCAGGAGCUGGAGAGCUUGCACUUCGUCAUCGAGAUGAAGAAUGAGCGUCUUCAUGAGCUGGACAAGAGGCUGAUGCUCAUGGAAACAGUGAAAGAAAAAAAUCUGAUGUUGGAGGAAAAAAUCACAACCCUGCAACAGGAGAAUGAGGACCUCCAUGUCCGAGGCCGGAACCAGGGGGUCCUGUCAAGACAGCUCUCAGAAGACCUGCUUCUCGCCCGCGAGGCCCUGGAGAAGGAGGCCCAGUUACGGCGACAGCUCCAGCAGGAGAAGGAGGAGCUGCUGUACCGCGUCCUGGGGGCCAAUGCCUCGCCUGCCUUCCCCCUGGCCUCUGUCACUCCCACCGAGGUCUCCUUCCUCGCCACGUAGGGGGCAGGGCCUGGGCCUGCCAUGACGCCUGUGGUCACUGUCCCUCCAAGGACUUUGCAGAGAAGACACCAAGAGCCUCUCAGUUCUUCUCCCAGGAAGGAGUGAGGGUGGGAGCGAGAAGGGGAGCCAGGGUGUGUGGCCGGUGAGCCCUGGCAGGGUGGAUCCUGUAGAAUCACCCAGGGGGCUUUGGAGGCCCCGAGAAGCGUCUUCCCAUGAGUUGGCACAGGACAUAAGCAAGAGGAGUCCCUGCCUCCCUGCCUCUCUCUGUCCAAAUCUAGGAAGUGCCGGGGCUUUUUCCCAGGGUAGCCUGUGCCACGUUGGCCAUCUGACACAAAGGAGACAAGCCCUGGGCCCAGCUUGUCAGCUUUGCUGCAACUCACUGACUUGUCAACUUCCCCCAGGUGUUCCCACUUCUGCCCUGGCCUUCUCUCAGCCUCAGUUUACCCCUGCUAUAAAAUGGUUGGGGGACUGGUCAAAUGACUCGAGUCACUGCA